AUGUCCGGAUCACUCGGGAGGGAAGAAGGCGGAGUGGAUCGUAUCCCGACCGUUGCCCAGCAGAAGGCCGCACAGCAGGCAUUAAUUUCAAAGCGCAUUAUGGCGCAGAAUUUAGAGAUUCUUGUCGACCGGCAGGAGCUGCUAACAGACAAGUUGCUACGAAUGCGUGAAACGUUGCAGGAGGAAAAUAUCAGCGUUCAUCUAUUAAAGCUUCACGUACAAACACUGCGCCGAACAGCGGAUGAAUUUGAAAAGGUUUACUCCGAAAUGGUCUCUCUGGUAACUAAAGAACAACGCGAUGCUUUGAGACUUGAAUAUGCCAACUUCGAAACGAUUCAUAACGAUGUGUAUGUGACGCUGCAGACGCGAAUCGACCAAGUACAGCAGCAAUUAAAAGUGCAAGAGCUUCAGCAUGUUCCGGUUUCGCUGCCUUCCUCACAGGCACAGAUAGCUCCAGUAUAUGUGCAGAGUCCAGCUCCUCACCUCCAAGCUCCAUUUCCAACUUUUAACGGUACUCUCGAUAACUGGUACAGCUUCAAAAGCUUAUUCCAGAGUAUCAUGGCUAAGUACACAAACGAAAGUGAUGCUAUGAAAAUUCUGCAUCUACGAAACUCGCUCACUGGUGAAGCAAAAGAUAAAAUAGAUCAAGAAGUGGUUAACAACAGCGAUUAUGCCACCGCGUGGAAGAUCCUGGAAGAUGCCUAUGAAGACAAGCGUCUAAUUAUGGACACCCAUAUCGACGCUAUCUUGGACUGUCCGAAAAUCACUCGAGAUAAUCGUGGCAAGUCGCUUUCAAUGCUAGUUGAGCUUUGCGGUAAACAUACCGAUGCCUUGAACGGCCAUGGAUACCCCGUCGAAGGAUUGGCAGAACUCAUACUGGUAAACGUGCUGUACAAAAAACUCGACAAAGAGACACAGGAGCAGUGGGAAACAAAGUUGGGUAGUGGCGAGCUCCCUGAAUUUGAUGAAUUCAUCGAUUUCUUGCGCGAGCGAGGUCGUGUACUGCAGCGGACGAAUCGGGCCCAGCAGCCAGCGGCACAUCAGGCAGCCCCUAAUAAGCGACAACCAAUGAAUCAGAAGUCACACGUACCUUCCAACUCGUUUGUACAGUUUCAAGCUAUGCCCCUGCAUGAACGUAAAGCUUUUGUGGCCAAGGCAGUCCUGUGUUUCAAUUGCUUGAAGGCCAAACAUCGAGUCAGCAAAUGUCCGUCGGAGCAAGGUUGUAAAACGCAAGGUUGCGGUCGCAGGCACCACAGCAUGCUUCACAGCAAUGACACUCUCGGUGUGGCAAGUCCAGACAAGCACGCAAACAACGAAGAACAUGAAGCAGAAUCCGAUUUACAAUCUGAGAAGCAGCCGAAGGUUCCUGAACAGCGAAACAGUGCUACAACUCUUUGUGCUAACAUUGGUGGUGCCAGACAGCAAGUCGUUUUAUCGACGGCCCAAGUAUUGGUUACCGGAAAAGGCAAUUCGGUCGUGAAGUGUCGUGCUCUAUUGGAUUCUGGAUCCGACAGUAACAUUAUAAGUGAGAAAUUAGCAGAAAAGCUGCAAUUGAGGAUGGUUCUGGUAGAUUUUCUUAUCAGCGGCUUGAACAACAUCGAAACACGAGUCAAGUAUCAAUUAGCAACAAAGUUCCGGUCCUGCACCAAUUCGUUUACCUCGGCCAUGCUUGAUUUUCUGGUCGUUCCACGAGUAACCUCAAAUCUUCCAGUUGCUGAGAUUGAUGCCCAAUUGUGGCCGAUUCCAUCCGGCCUGCGGUUCGCUGAUCCUAAGUUCCAUUCGCCAGGUGAAAUAGACAUGAUCAUCGGAAAUGAGGUAUACCAGCUUAACCGCCAUGAAGAGAUGCUCAAUCAAACGAUGGCGAAGUUUUGGGAAUUGGAAAACGUUCACCCAGAGAAAACUACGACAACAGCUGAAAAUGUGGUUGAGAAUCAUUUCAAAACCACACACUACCGUGACGACUCCGGUCGAUAUGUAGUGCGACUGCCAUUCAAUGGCAUGGAAUGUCAACUUGGUGAUUCUUACGAUGCUGCUCGAAGACGCCUCAAUAAGCUAAUGAUUCAACUAGCAAAAAACCCAGUCAAACGUGAUGAGUACUACAAUUUUAUGUCCGAGUAUUUAGCCUUAGGUCAUAUGUCGGAGGCUAUUCAGUGCACGGAUGGUGGUGGCUACUACAUUCCCCACCAUGCCGUGUAUAAGGCGUCGAGUUCGACUACAAAAACAAGAGUGGUUUUCGAUGCGUCGGCAAAAACCACCACUGGUCUAUCCCUCAAUGACACGCUAUUGGUUGGGCCUACGGUGCAAAAUGACAUCGUCUCGAUCAUACUCCGAUUCUGCAUCCACCCGGUGGUGCUAACUGCCGACAUUUCAAAAAUGUACCGGCAAGUAAGGCUACAUAAGGAUGAUUGCAAAUUUCAACAAAUUCUAUGGUGGGAUAAUAACGGGCAGCUAAAAGUGUACGAACUGCAAACAGUCACAUAUGGCAUUGCUAGCUCACCUCAUCAUGCGACGAGAGUAUUAAUUCAACUGGCCACUGACGAAGGUGAAGAAUUUGAGCUAGGAAGAAAGGCUAUUACGGAAGAGAGUUACAUCGACGAUUUCUUGACUGGUGGCUCGUCGAUUGAAGAAGUCAUUCGUAUCUAUUCGGAAUUAUCAGAGCUGCUACGUCGUGGUGGCUUUGAAGUGCAUAAGUUUUGUUCAAACAGCAUUGACGUGUUGAAAGCCAUUCCUAAGGAACUACAAGAGAAACAAGUCAGCUUUGAUGAAUCUGGUAUAAACAACAGUAUCAAGACGUUGGGGUUGAUCUGGAACCCCCAGGAUGAUUACUUUAUGUUCCGUGUGGCUCCAGAGGAUUGCGGAGUGGUGCCGACUAAGCGCAAGGUGUUAUCGGAAAUCGGACAGCUUUUCGACCCGCUCGGUUUCUUGGGUCCGAUUAUUGUAUAUGCCAAAUUAGUAAUGCAGGACAUUUGGCGCCUUGGUCUUGAUUGGGAUCAAGAGCUGCCAGGGGACCUAAUGAGAAAAUGGAAUUUAUUUCGACAGCAACUUUUGGCUGUGAAUCAAAUGCGUAAAUCUCGUUGUGUGACACAAGCUCAAGCGAUUACUCUGGAGCUGCAUGGUUUCUCGGACGCCUCCAAGCGCGCCUAUGGAGCCGUUCUAUAUGUUCGAAGCGUAGCUGUGGAUGGUACAAUCGACGUUAACUUGGUGGCCAGCAAAUCUCGUGUAGCUCCACUCAAACCGACAACGAUUCCACGACUCGAACUUUGUGGUGCAAGGCUGUUGGCCGAUCUGGUACAGAAAGUGGUUUCCGCGAUGAAUAUUUCAUUCCAUGCUGUCAAAUUGUGGUGUGAUUCCCAAAUAGUUUUAUGUUGGCUGAAAAGGUCUCCUCUCGCACUAAAUCAAUUUGUUGCCAACCGUGUUGCUGCAAUUGUAGAGUUGACGCAGAACUAUCAGUGGGGCUACAUACAAUCCGAAGAUAAUCCUGCUGAUGUGAUAUCUAGAGGAGAACUACCUGAAGCUGUAGUGUUAACGGUAGUAAGUUCGAGCCAACCGAUAGUGCUCAAUAGACUAAGCAAUUAUAAAAAGAUCAAACGAGCGUGGGUGUACGUUCAUCGGUACAUCGAUUAUAAGGUGCAUAAAAUACAUAAAAUUGGUGAGAUUACAGCCGAUGAAGUCAGACGGGCAGAGAGGUCAAUUUUAUUGCUUGUACAACGUGAAGCAUAUAGUGACGUUCUGAAGGCAUUAAAAACAAAUUCUGCCCAGCAUACAUCGUAUCGAAAUCUGGCGCUGUUUGUUGGUGAUGAUGGUCUAAUCAGAGUCGGUGGUCGCUUGAAAUAUUCAGCUAUUCCGUACGAUGGUAAACAUCAAGUGCUGUUGCCACAAAAACAUCACAUCACAGAAACGAUUGUGCGAGAUUUGCAUCAGGAGCACUUCCACGUUGGUCAAAAUGGACUAUUAGCUAUCGUUCGUGAGAAGUAUUGGCCGGUCCAUGUAAAGCAGCUGAUUAAGAAGGUUGUUUCAGCAUGUCAGGUGUGUGCUCGACAGCGUCCGAAACCGGGUGUACAAUACAUGGGCAAUCUUCCAGGAGUUCGAGUGAAUCCAUCGCAACCUUUCUCUAAGGUUGGAAUAGACUACGCUGGUCCGUUUAUGAUUAAGCUCGGAGGCCGAAGUACGAAGCUAUACAAGGGAUACGUUGUCGUGUUUGUUUGCUUGGUAGUAAAGGCUAUACACUUCGAGUUGGUCUCAAGUUUGUCGACGGAUAAUUUUAUAGCAGCUCUGCAACGUUUUUCCAGCCGUCGUGGACUGCCGAGUGAUAUAUACAGUGACAAUGCAACUACCUUUGUUGGUGCAAACCAUGAACUAGCAGCGCUCAAACAACUUUUCGAAGACCAGCAGCAUGAUCUAAAGGUAAAGGAAUUCUGUAGUACUAAGGGCAUCCGCUGGCAUUUCAUUCCCCCCAGAAGCCCACACUUUGGUGGAAUCUGGGAAGCGGGUGUGAAAUCUAUGAAAUACCAUCUCAAGAGGGUUGUAGGUGAGACACGACUUACCUUUGAGGAAAUGAGCACCUUUCUUGCGCAAACGGAAGCCAUUCUCAACUCGCGACCAUUGUGCCCAAUGUCAGAGGACCCCAGCGACUAUUCCGUUCUGACGCCAUCCCAUUUCUUGAUCGGGCGCUCUGGUGUGGGUUUACCUAUGCCGUCUUAUGAUGAUGAACGGGUAGGACGUCUCAACAGGUAUCAGCAUCUCCAGCUGAUGAAUCAACAUUUUUGGAACAAAUGGUCGCGCGAAUACCUUCAUCAUUUGCAAGGCCGCCAAAAGUGGAACACGAAGGUUAACUCGAAUUUCAAGAUUGGUGCGAUGGUCUUGUUAGUGGAAGAAAACUUACCGACGCAACAAUGGAAACGAGGCCGCAUUGUUGCUGUACAUCCCGGCGAAGACAAUAUUGUUCGAGUGGUGACAGUUAAAACGGUAAACGGAGAGUAUAAACGAGGAGUAGCGAAGGUUGCUUUGAUGCCUUCUGUUGAAACGGGUGAAACGGUUGAAACUGAAUUAUCAACGGGGGGUGAAUGA